AUGGCCCCCACACGGCCCCUCCUCACGCUCCUCCAGCGCGACUUCGACCCCGGCGCCCCCGCAGCCAGUUUCCGCGACGAAUGGUCCACGCCCUCCAACUACGCAUUCACCAUCCUGCUGCUUAUCGGCGGCGAUCUCGUCAACCGCGCCCUGGCACAGUUAGUGGGAGGGUGGCUGACGCCUGUUGCUUUCUCAUUUGGAUGGGUCUCGUAUGCAACGGCCGCCGUCUGCUCCGCACUAGGCGAGUACAGAUUAAUGCCGGACGCCGACACAGGAUGCUCGCUGAUAAACGGGAAGAACGGGUUCGUGCGCGGCAACAACAGCUGGGUGCUUGGGCGGAUGAUGCGCGACUACGACUACUGGAUGGACCGCGCGAUCCGGGAAAAGACAGACUCGCUCCUAGAUGCGCGGUGGAAAUUCGACCAGGCGCGCGAGACGGAGAAGUAUCCCGAUGAGGGCGUGACGGUGCCGCGGCCGAGUCAGGCGGGGCUGGUGGUUAGUAUCUACAAGCCGAGUCGGACGGUGCGGCAUGGGGUUCCGGGGCGGGAUUUGCUGUUCUGGAGUGGACUGGCUGUGACGCUGGUGCAGCUGGGGAUUGCGAGUAUACCGACGGGGCUGGAUGGGGACUGGGGGGUGUUGAUGAUUACGGGGGCUGCGACGGGGCUGUGCUAUGUGACGGGGGCGUUGAGGCAGUGGAGCGUUGAGAAGUGGGCGUGUCGCAGUCUGGAUACGAGGACGAAGAAGAAUUUUGUCCUGACGAGGGGCAAUGGUGCGCAGCAUGCCAUUGCGAUUGUGAGUGAUGGGCAUGGGCUGGAUCUGGAGGAUCUGGCGACGGGGUUCUCGAUGAUUGAUAAACCGACGAUUACGCUGUCGGCGCAGCUGGCGACUGUUGCGCUGGGGAUUGCUUGGGUUGUCUUGCUGAUUACGGCCUCUGCUGUCGAUACUGGGUCCUGGUAUCUGAUUGCAGUGGGAGGGAUUGGGAUGCUGCAGAAUAUCUUUGUUGCUGGGUGGAAGAGAACCCCGGCGGCUUAUGGGGUGCCACUCGACUUUGUAGAGGUUGUGGGCGAGGUCAAGGUCAUGCAGACCCUGAUGGAAGUCGAGAAGAAGUACGAGAAGCUGGGGAAGAGCAUGCUGGGGACCUUCUUCCCUGGCGACCUGAGGGACAAUGAGGUCAAGCAGUGGGAUGAUAUUGCGGCACAGUGGAAGGAGAAGAAGCAGGCAGACGACAGGAAGGGAAAGUAA